ACAUCAAUUAAUUUUCCGUUGCCUACAUUAUGAUCCACCAUUACUUGCUUUGUUCCAUGCGGGCCCCACAUGAAGCACGCGAGAAACCUAAUUAGGAGUGAUUUUUUAUCCCACACUCAUCAAGCAUAGAUGAGAGCCGAAGAAGAAUUUUUUUAUUUUGUUUUAUAAGUUGAUAAAUUAGUGUAGCAUUGUGAAGAAAUAGAUGGAUUCAAUUGUGGUCUUGUCAUGGUUUUUGUGCGUUUUGGUAGUAGCUGCCCGUGGAGGUUUAGGGGCAGUUUCUAGGGACAUAUUUAUUCUGGCAGGACAGAGCAACAUGGCAGGACGAGGAGGGGUUUUCGGGGGAAAAUGGGACGGUGAUGUCCCAGAGGAGUGCAGGCCCAGCCCGUGGGUUUUCAGGCUGAGCGCGGGCCUGGAGUGGGAGGAGGCGCGUGAGCCACUGCAUGCGGACAUCGAUGUGGGCAAGACAUGUGGCGUUGGGCCCGGAAUGGCAUUUGCGAACGAGGUUGUCAAAGCCCGUGGAGCUGGUGGGCUGGUGGGCCUUGUCCCUUGUGCCGUGGGUGGGACCAAGAUUGGACAGUGGAGUCGAGGGACGAGGUUGUACGAUGAGUUGGUACAACGCGCGAUGCAGGCGAUUGGAGGUGGCACGAUUCGAGCAGUGCUUUGGUAUCAGGGGGAAAGUGACACGGUGAGAAAAAAAGAUGCUGAGGGUUAUAAGGAUAAGAUGGAGAGGUUUAUUAUGGACCUUCGAUCCGAUCUCAACCUUCCCUCUCUCCUUGUUAUCCAGGUAGCACUUGCAUCAGGGGAAGGCAAGUUUAUAGAGAAGGUGAGGCGUGCUCAAAUGGGAAUAACAUUACCUAACGUCAAGUGUGUGGAUGCAAAGGGACUGCGUCUGAAGCCAGAUAAACUUCACCUUACCACCAUGUCUCAGGUUCAAUUGGGCAUUCGGUUAGCACGUGCCUAUCUCGAUUCCACCACCCACCAUCACUACCAAUUUAAUUUUAACAUUAAUCAUACGCAAGUUUUAGCUUGUUGAGAAUGCAUUUUUGUAUAUUUGGCUGUAGGCAAAGAAAGCGUGGCUCCUCUUGAAAGCUACAAUGUGAGAGAAGGCUUUGGUUUUCUCAUCUAUAGUAGCCCUUGUUUGGAUUAAGCAUGGCUCAUUAAGCUAAUUCGGAACAUAUAUAAGAAUAGAGUUAAUUUCUUUAAAGUUUCAUCUUUCGGAUAUCUUUGGAAGCAUUGAAAUUGUAAAAAAAAUCAUUUAGUGAAAAAUCCUACACCAUUUACAAGUUGCAA